UUUUAUUACGAAGAUGGGCACGAUAACCUAUACAACGAGAAGGGUACGAAAGCUUAUGAUUCAAUGGAGGGUGUUUUAACUGAGAUAACCCAAUCCUAUUGUGGUUCUUGAAAGAUUAACCUAUCAAAGCAAUUGGAGAAAAUUAAAACCGCCUGAAAAGAUUGCUGUAGAAAAGAUAGCUAAAGUAAUGCUAAUUAAGCCGGAAAAGAAAGAAUACAGAAAGUACAAUGACAGGCAAUGAGAUGACUUUAUUGACAGAAUGAUUGAAAGUGCUCAGGAAAGAGGUCUAGCUACCCUGUUUGCAAGAGAACCUGGGAUCAAACCACGUGUGGCUCAAAGAUGGUGGAAAAUAUACAGAGAAAUGGAAGAAGUGCCUUACAAAAAGUCUUCUAUAAGUUCUGGUCCUCAGUCUUCUUUCAACGACGAUCAAAACGACUUUUUUGAGGAAUCUAGUGGAUAAUGGCCUCC